UGUAGACAUCCCCAACAAGAGCCACGAUGAAGGGCGUAGCGGUGGCUGCGAUCGCCGCAGGGUGCGUUUGCUCGACAACGACAACGACCGCCUUCGUCGUGGCAGGAGGAGGUCCGGUCGCUUCUUCGGUGCGCAGCAGCAACAGCAGGAAAGGGGCAUCCGCGGGCAGGCGUGCUUCGGCCAGGCGGGGGGGUGCUUCCACCCUGCGGUGCGCGGCGGCCGCUACCGACUUCGACCUCAAGACGUGAGGAAUACUGCUGUGUGGUGCAUACCGUAUUAGAAGUACAUACAUUUCUGUGGGAUCAGUGCCUACGCAUGGGUUUGCGUGGUGUAAUCCUUCUGUCGCUAGCAUUGACCGUUCUAGCGGGGUGACACCGGUUGCUGUACACGUACCAGCUUUACGUCCUUAUUUCGACGGGGGUUCGUGUGUGCACAUGCUGACUUGUAGAGAGGAAACAAUUGAUCAAUUUUGCAUUAUAAAUUGAGGGUGUUUGUUUUGGCUUGUCAAGUUGGCAGGGGUCCCGCGGAACGGACUUAAGGGAGGUGUUUAUCGUAUGGCCUCUGCUAACGCGACGGGUUUCAUUCCUAUUAGUAAUUUGUCCUGGACUCUUUCUCGUGGAAUAGGUAUCGAUUAAUUACGGGAACUUUGUCUCUGGAACAAGAGUAUGUUGUUGUUGUUGUUGUUGACUUCACAUUAAACCGUGUGUCAGUUGCUAAAUGCCAAAAUCUAGCAAAGACUCUCAGCCCGUGGUCACGAAAGUGCUAGAGCCAUCUGAGGAUCUAAAGAACACGCACACAUAUAACGAGAAAAAGGUAUCCAAGAGCCCGAAGAGGUACACCUAAAAAUCCCUGCAGCACCGUAUGCGUGCCCAAAAACUGAACUGCACGUCCGUCUCACCGUUCGACUACAGUAUCAUCACCCCCCCCUCCCUGUCCCACUCUAUCCCAAAACGGAAGAUUGCCGACUACAGCAUACUGCUGUCUGAAGUGCUGUCUG